AUGGAUGAUAUUUUAGAAAAAGAAGGAAACAAGCAAGUACUGGAAGGAUUCCUGGACUCGUCAGUAUUCCAACGAACAUUGGAAGAAGCACCGAUACUGUCAGAUGUCGAGUCACCGAGUGACACAGAGUCGAGAGUUAAUUUAGAGCAACAAAUGGGAGGAUUGCCGGUCACGGGAGAAUUCACACCAUCAUCGGAAGAGCUACCGCAACCAGCGAGAGGAUUGCCGGACAUGUCAGAACUCGCACCAUCAUUGGAAGAGCUACCGCAACCAGUGAGAGGAUUGCCGGACAUGUCAGAACUCGCACCAUCACUGGAAGAGCCACCGGCACUGUCACUCCUUCAGGCCUGGAAUCAAGCAGUCAAACAGAAAGUGAAUCCGAGUCUGAUGAAACCAUGGAAGGUGGCAGCAUGGGAGAGACAGUAG